AUGUACUCCAAGCGCGUCUUCAUCUACGAGCUUCUGGAAUACGAACUCACCAUGCAUUUGCACGUAGUCUUUGCCGCUCUAAUUGGCGUUGCACAAUGCCGCAACAAGCAGCAACCCAUCGUCUUGCACCCGCUGGGAAUUGAUCAGCCACCAAUUGGUUUCGGGACAUGGAACCUGAAGGAGAAUCCGGACAACACCACUAAUGCUGUUGCAUUUGCAAUUGAGAAGGGCUAUAGGCAGAUUGAUUGCGCCGCAGCAUAUGGCAAUGAGGAAGCUGUCGGGAAAGGCAUACACAAGGGAUUAGAGCAAGCAGGCCUUAACAGAGAGGAUAUAUGGGUAACAAGCAAAUUAUGGAACGACCACCAUGCGCCCGACCGCGUGGAAGCCGGUCUCAACCAAACCCUCAAAGACCUCAACCUCUCCUACCUGGACCUCUACCUCAUGCACUGGCCCGUCGGCAAAGGACCAAAAGACAAGAAGUAUCACGAAGACUACGUCGAGACGUGGCAAGCCAUGGCCAAGCUUCUCAGUUCCGGUCGAGUCCGCCGCAUCGGCGUCUCCAACUUCUCUCCUGCGCAACUAAAAGAGCUGGUAAAGCAUAGCAUCAAGGGCGACUCCCCCCUUCCCGCUGUGCACCAGAUGGAACUCCAUCCGUACCUCCCCCAGGCGAAGUGGAUCUACGCUCACAAAGCCCACGGUAUUGCCAUUACUGCGUACUCACCGCUAGGAAACAUGAACCCUACGUACGGUGACCGGUCGCGCCGCGAGGUGACUACGCAAUCUAAGGCUCCGCUGCUGCUGGAGCACGAGACUAUCAAGAGCAUCGCGGAGAAGCGGGAUUGUACGCCUGCGCAGGUCGUGCUCAAGUGGGGCAUGAAUCGCGGGACUAGCGUCAUCCCGAAGAGUAAGCAUGAGAGCCACAUUGAGGAGAACCUUGAUGCGACGAAGUGCGAGCUUGGGACAGACGACUUGGCGGAUAUUGAUGCGAUAGGAGAGGAGCCGAUCAGGUUCAACAAUCCGGGCAAGGGGUGGGGCGUGCAUCUGUUUGAGGGGUUGGACGACGCGUGA